AUGUUACAAUUUUCCUUUGAAGAAAUUGAAGUGUCUGAUGAUGAAGAAGAUCAAGAGGAUGAAGGAAAUGAGUUGUCAGAAAAUGAGUUUGAAAAUUUUAUUCAGCAAAGUAUUUCAUUCUUAGAAGAGGAUAGAACUGCAAGGAAGCCUCCCCAAAUAGUUCCUAUCGAUACUGAACCUCCAUCUGGAAGUGAUCUAGAAGACUCCCCCCACGCCUUACUCCCAAGGAAGUGUAAAAGAAGAUAUCCAAGGCCGGGAGUGCUUAUCACAGACCAAGAUGUUCAAAGCCCAAUUGUUGAAGAGGAAUUCAUACUUACUGAAGGAGCUCAAGCUUCAGGAAGCUCCUUUGAAUUACCCGAGCUAGACAUCUCAAAAGGAAAAAGCAAGUUGCCUGAGUCUAAAUUUGUGGAUGUCGCUCUGCUUCAGAACAGAGUUUUUGUUUUGGAACAAAGUUCUGCUGAAAAAGAUUUAAUAAUUGGAAAGCAUGACAUUAGAAUCAGUGAGCUUGAAAAGGAAAACUCCAUUAAAGAUGCAAAGAUUUCAGAACUUCAAGCAAAUCUUGGUGGUCUAACUACUCUAUUCUUUGACCUGCAACAACGCUUACAUCAAAAUUUUGGUGAUGAAUUUCAACCUUUAAGCGCUGAAAGAGAAAAGAUCACUGCUUCUAGUUCUGGUCCAGCCAAUCCAACUCCUCAAUCUACAAGUGAAAAGCUGCAAGACCUGCUCUGGAUGCCAAUCUUGAUACAUUCUUAUCCUCUAGUCCUGCUUCUGCUCAAGAAAGGAGAGGGAAGAAAAUUAGAGCUGAGCAGCUAA